UGCACUAGGCGGAGCUGAAGUUACCGAAAGCGGCCGCAGGACUUCGACACGAUCCGCUGGGCGAAAAACAUCCACACCGGGAGAAAUGCGUUAAUUGACCACAUCAGAGCUUGGCCAGCGUCCAGUUUACCGACAAUCAUUGAUCGAGACUUUCACUGCGCCGUUUAUUACAGGCCUCUCUGGAUUACACUCUGUGUCGCUCCUGUUCGGUCGCUUGAGCCGACUGAUGAGCUAGACGCCUUCUGCAGUACAUCUACUUCAUUUCAAAGACAUUCUUUCAGUUUUUACGGAGGAAUAAGAAUUACAUACAGCCGGGAAUGUUGGACAUGUCGUUAGCUCGCGAAGCUAAACAUCGACAGAAGCGGACUGACAUGAACAGAACUGACCCAUGCUGAGAUACUGCACGGUCAUCUGGACCAGAACCAACUAGAUCCUGAGUCGAUCUGCCUUUAUAAAUACCGACAAUAACUCAGAAGCGAUCAUCGCAGGUGUUGGGCAUGUUUUGAGAUCUUGAUAUCUGAAGUAUCGAGAAACGCCGAAGAAAUGCGAGGCAGCGGAUCACAUACAGGACUGCACGAAGUGUAAUCGCUCAAACUCCCGAUCCAACAUGGAGAAAAUGCGUAUAUAAUCUAUAUAUCAAGGCCAUGCAUCGCCUCCAAACAUUUAUUUGCUCGUCUCAUUGCGGACUGUUCCCUCCUAGCACAUGAGCUUGAACUUCAGUUGAACGGGGAGGCUAAAAGGCAAAUCUACUGCAACUUUUCUGGAGCUCAUUUUGGAGCUGAACCCGUCCAGAAGCAUAAGAACCAUCAUCAGGAUGAGACUGCGGGUCCUGAACCGAGUAUCAGUGCUCUCAUUGGGGCUGUGCUCGAUGCUUCUGCUCAGUGCUGUGGCUGCUGCUCAGAGUGAGGAGAGAGAGAGGGAGUGUGCAUUUAAUGACCAGCACCAGCAGGUGGAUGAACAGACUGUGGCUGGUGACUGGCACAUCACCACAGAAAACAACACCAUUCUGUGCAGCAGGAGCAGCCGCUGCUAUGGCCUGUGGGAGAAAACACAUGACGGAGAGAUUCGCCUCGUCAAACAAGGUUGUUGGACUUACAUUGGUGACCAGCAGGACUGCCAUGACGACCGUUGCGUGGUUACCACCACGCCUUCGCAGAUCCAGAAUGGCACCUACCGAUUCUGCUGCUGCAGCACCAACAUGUGCAAUGUCAACUUUACGGAGAACUGGGUGCCCAGUCCCACCAGCACAACUACCCAAGACCAGCAGCCUCUACAUAGGGAUGAGGCCAUUUUCAUCGCCCUGGCAUCUGUCUCUAUAGUAGCAGUUUUGAUUGUGGCACUGUUCUUCGGUUAUCGCAUGAUGAUGGGUGAGUGUAAACAGGGCUUGCAUAAUAUGGACAUGAUAGAGGCAGCACCGUCAGAGCCAUCUCUGGAUUUAGACAGUUUAAAGCUCCUGGAGCUGAUUGGUCGAGGGCGCUAUGGUUCUGUCUACAAGGGCUCACUUGACGAACGUCAUGUUGCAGUAAAGGUUUUUACCUAUGCCAACCGACAAAACUUCGUAAACGAGCGCUCGAUCUACCGAAUCCCUCUUCUGGAGCACGAAAACAUUGCACGCUUUAUCGUUGGCGAUGAGCGUCUCACAGCAGAUGGGCGGAUGGAAUACCUGCUGGUCAUGGAGUACUACCCUCAUGGGUCUCUGUGUCGGUACCUGAGCCUGCACACGUUGGACUGGGUGAGCGGCUGUCGUCUGGCACAUUCACUCACAAGAGGACUGGCCUACCUGCACACUGAGCUCCUGAGAGGGGAUUUGUAUAAACCUGCCGUUUCACACCGGGAUCUAAAUAGCCGUAAUGUUCUCGUUAAGAAUGAUGGCACGAGUGUUAUCAGUGACUUUGGUCUGUCCAUGAAGCUGACGGGAAAUCGUCUCGUACGGCCUGGUGAAGAGGAAAACGCCGCCAUCAGUGAGGUGGGCACUAUCCGCUACAUGGCCCCGGAAGUGCUGGAGGGUGCGGUGAACCUCAGGGACUGUGAGUCGGCUUUAAAGCAGGUGGACAUGUACGCCAUUGGCCUCAUCUACUGGGAGACCUUCAUGCGCUGCACUGACCUUUUUCCAGGGGAGACCGUGCCAGAAUACCAGAUGGCCUUUCAGGCGGAGGCGGGGAACCACCCCUCUUUUGAGGACAUGCAGGUGCUCGUGUCCAGAGAGAAACAGAGACCCAAGUUCCCAGAGGCCUGGAAGGAGAACAGCCUGGCCGUGCGCUCUCUAAAGGAGACUAUGGAGGAUUGCUGGGAUCAAGACGCAGAGGCUCGUCUGACAGCACAGUGUGCAGAGGAGCGGAUGGCAGAACUUCUGCUGAUCUGGGAAAGGAACAAACCCGUUAGCCCCACCAUCAAUCCCAUGAGCACAGCACUGCAGAACGAGAGGAACCUCACCCACAGUCGCAGGGCUCCUAAAAUGGGCUCUUAUCCAGAUUACUCUUCGUCCUCUUACAUCGAAGAUCAUGAGGGCAUGGUGAAGAACCUCCCAGGUGAUGUCUCCACCUCUGGCACCUCCUCUGUGGGUGGCAUCAGCAGUGGCGUAACAGUUCCGGGAGAGAAGAACCGAAACUCUAUAAACUACGAGAGGCAGCAGGCUCAGGCCCAAGCUCGGCUGCCCAGCCCAGAGACCAGUGGCGCAAGUCUGUCUACCACGACCACUACGACUGGCCUGACGCCUAGCACCAUCAUGACCACCAUCUCUGAAUCAGGCCACUCUGAGGAGGCAGGAGCAGGGGGGAGUGUACCUGUGUGCCUUCAGCUUACAGAAGAAGACCUGGAAACCACUAAACUGGACCCUAAGGAGGUUGACAAGAACCUGAAAGAAAGCUCAGAUGAGAAUUUGAUGGAGCAUUCACAAAAGCAGUUCAGUGCUCCAGACCCACUCAGCUCGGGCAGUUCCAGCCUCCUCUACCCCUUGAUCAAACUCGCAGCAGAAGUGACUGGAGGAUCCGGGGCCGCUGGUCAGGCCGAUUUCGGGGUGGGUGGCAGUGGAAUGGGCGAUGCUCCUACAGCCAUGUUCCCGCUACCCAAACAGCAGAAUCUCCCCAAGCGGCCAACCAGCCUACCGCUCAACACAAAAAACCCUGGCAGGGAGUCCUCGUCGACACGGCUGAAGUUCGGCAAGCACAAGUCUAAUCUGAAACAGGUGGAGACGGGCGUAGCCAAGAUGAACACAGUAGCAGCCGUGGAGCCACACUUGGUCACCGUCACCAACAAUGGGCCCAGUGUGCGUAGCGGUGUGGCCGUUGGCGUUGUUAACGGAUACGGAGGGGGCAACGGCGCUGGCACAUCUGAUGCAUUUGGGAACACAAACCCAGCCGGACCACAGGGUGAAAGCGGGGUUCCUCUACUCCAGAGUCAGCUGAGUGGAGAAGACAGCCGUCUCAACAUCAACUCCAGCCCUGACGAACACGAGCCUCUGCUGAGGAGAGAGCAGCCGGCGGCGCGAGAUCACUCCGGCCGUACCAACUCGAAUAACAACAACAGCAACAUCCACACAACUGCCUCUGUCACGGUGGGCUGUGUUUGUGCAUUAGCCCCUGCAGAGGGGCAGAUUGAGACAUUAAACUGCCCCCCAGUGGCACCAGACAGGAGGGAUGGUAUUCCACUGAGACAGCCCAAACCCAGGAGACCUGAGCGGCCAAACUCUCUGGAUCUGUCAGCAAGUUCCCAGGAUUCCUCUCUUUUGGAUGAGGCCGUGUCACAAGAGGGAAAGGCUGAAUCGGCAGAGAAGAUUAAGAAGCGUGUGAAGACACCUUAUUCUUUGAAAAGGUGGCGUCCUUCCACAUGGGUCAUCUCCACUGAAACACUGGAUGGAGAGGUAAACAACAACGGGCACAGCCAUCAGACGGCAACAGCAGCAAAUAGAGGAGGCCACGCAAGCUCUGGCCAAUCAAAAUCAAGUAUCGCUGUUUUCUUGGUCAGUGGAGGAACUGCGACUGCUACUUUAACCUCUGACCCACCAGAUAUGACCUGCCUGUGAACUCGCAUCACCAAUUUUCAUCCGAGAUCAGACUUUUGAUACCAGAGGGUUUGUCUGUGCUAUUGUACUCCAAGAACUGGUCCAGCUAAUGAAAUACAAAAAAAAAAGUUUUUGAAAAGCAGACUCUCGAAUGGACAUAAUUUGGCAAGCACUUAACAUUGUGAUAGUAUCGAACUCCUCCAACAUGUUUUUGAAGAAAUCGCUUUAAACUGAACCCAGCUAUGCAGCAACAUUGGCAUAAAAUGCGCCCAUUGUUUUCGUUGUUCCUUUUUUAAAUCAAGUAUGAUUGUUUUUAUGGCUGUUUGAUUAUUUCUUUCUUUUAUUGCACUUUUAUGUAAGUAAUCUUAAUCACAGUUCCUCUAACCAUGCUAAAGACUGGUCUUAAAACUCAAAAAUGUAAAUGACAAUGUGUUGAUUUAACAAUCAUGGGAGAGUGGAUGAAAUUGAAAUCAAGUCCAUCUAAAGAAAAAAUAAAUAGGCCAUGGUCUUUAAGACAGGGUUGACUGCAUCUCUAAUACCUUUUAACCCACAGUACAUUCAUAUGUUUUGGAUUUGUUGUACGUACCUAUGACUCUGUUUUGUUUUUUGGAUCAUUUUGAAAUGUGCAAUAGACUUUAGCUUUGAGGUGCUACUUAAGACAAUUUUAAUGUAUUUUUGCCACAUUUGUUUGUUUCUUUUCUUUAGUUUAAUAUUUCAAAGUGCUGCACUUAGCAGUAGCAAUCUUGUGUCCAAUCAGCCACCCCGACUGUGUUUGAGAAACAUCGUACGGAUGACAAUCCCAGAACUUGUCAACAAUCCCGUCAGCCUGGAAAAAGGAAGUUAACAAUUAAGAAAAUCUUGGGGCACUGGCACUUCAAGUACUGGACGUAAUAAUGGACAACUUUUUGUCGGACUGUUUGCUGGAAAUCAUGUUCUCUGAAGACACUAAAUAAUCAAGUCUGUCUCUGCACAUGCUUCACCUUUGUGAGUUUUUAAGGAAAGAGUGUAUCUAAUUGUGUAUGUAUGGGUCAAUGUGUGUUUGCAUGAAGCUAGAGGUAUGAAGAGACUGCUGUGUGUGGAAGAGGCAUCAGUCAAGUGAAACUUUCCACUCUCUGUUAGGACAGUGGACAUUGCUCUGCGUGCUUCAAAUAAGAUAUUCCUUGAGCGAACACAUACAUACACAAUGAACAAAAUAUAUACAUUAUGUACAGACUAAAGCUUACAGAUACAGUACUUCAAGUUUGGUUUUAGCCUCUGUUAAAGAUAAGCUUAAGUGAUAUAAUAGUGUACAAUAAGAAAUCAUGAUUCUAAAUCCAUUUUAGCUUUUCCUGCUGUUAUUACUUUUUUCAUCCUUUAUUUUUCUAAAUCUUUAAUUAGUGUCCAGGGCCAAGCUGCUUUAUUAUUGUCAUGAAAUCAAAACUUUGUAAUGUUUGUAAUCACAUAAAAUUCUCAUAUUUGAAUGAUACUUCCAUCAAAUACCCUUUUCAAUGGCAGCUUAGAGCCUUUUCGGAUACGCGUCAUGCGGUUUUACCCUUUUCUACUCAAUCAUUUACAGUCAGGAAGGGAUUGACACAUGGAAUACACUACCAAAACUGUUCUAAGUUAUUGGUGCCACUUGAAAUAGUCAAUUUGAAGUGCCGCAUCAUCAUUUUUUUAAAUAAUCUACACUGUAAAUGGAUUUUGCAGUCAGAGAGCAGUUGAUGUGUGUACCAGACCAGCCUCAUAUUUUACCCCACAAUUGCUGCCUUUAUGGCUGGUAUGCAUCCUGCAGUGCCGUGGAAAACUAUGGACACAAGCCAUUCAAAUAAUUACAUAGUGAUGAGGAAAAUUCCCUCAUAUACCAAGGCACUGCAUCCCGAGAAAUACCAGGAAAAACUAAGAUGGCAUGCGCGUUUAAUCCGAAAGUGCUUACCAUGCAUAUGCUGUAUUGCAUUUCAGUGAUGUUUUCCGUAAUGAGAGUGGGGAUUAACCAUGAUGUGGAACAAGCCAGCAUUAUCUUUGGACUUUGUACUCUCCGGAGAGGGGAAUUUCAAGAAGUCAUCUGAUUUUGUCCCUCUCUACUGCCUUUUUUUGUCAUCAAAUCAAGGUGUACAGUGUAGUUUUGUUCCUCACGCCCUCUCUCUGAACAAAUCAAUGCUUCAGUCUGACUUUUGUAUAUGUAUGUAAUAUAGGCUAACCUCUGUGGUAUAAAUAUACAGUAUCUGUCUAUAGUGCACUCGCAUGCACAUAUGCAGACUCCUCAUCUGUCACUUUGGGACCAAGAACAAAACUAAAUCACUGUGAUAUCUUAAGAUAAACACAGUAAUGCUAGACUGUUCUUAACUAUGUAUGUCAAAAGUACAUGCUGUUCACCUCUGGAGUCAACCUGAAGAUAAUGAGCUGAAAUGAGAAAAAAAAAAUAAAAUAACCCAGUGGAAGAAAUAGUCAUUUGAACAAAAUGGACAAACAUAAGUGGAUUGAAAUGGAAAGAUGUAUGGCUAAAAUAGAUGAUUAAGACCAAAGUGUUGAGGCUAGAUGCUAGCCUCUAUGUGAAGGAUAAGGGUGAGUCACUGGAAGUGUAGUUUGCUCAGGAGGACCUUCCAAGAAGUAAUGCAGGCUGUUUACACCAGAGUCAUUGUCCAGUUUUACAGCACACUGUUGAAUACUGAACCAUUUACAGAUACUGCUUUACAAAAAUGUGUAGAUAUAAACCCUUCAUGCCUUGUUAAUGUUUAUUCUUGAAGCAGGCCUUGAUAAGUUUGACUUUUUUCAUUCCAUUAGGUUGCAGGAGCGUAUUGAGUAAAUCCAGAUGUACUGUAACUCUAAUACACAUGCAAACAGGAACUCUAUAUCAGAGUUUAAAAACGAAUGUUACUGAAUCCUACAACCAUAAGAACUCAUUACACUUACAAAACAAUGACAAAGUUUUGGCAAAGAAUACAUGGCAAACAACAAGUCCCCUGAAACCACACAUUAACAGUUGUGUUUUUGGGUGUGUGAGUGAAGGAAUAAUUGAAGGGUAUAUGUUGACAAGUUAUUGUUUCGAUUUUAAUCCAUCAAAUUCAUAUUGAAGCUUAAGCCUCCAUUCAGUCCCUGGUUGUUCAAAAAAGCCACUGACAUGUUUUCUAUUACAGCUUGUAAAGUAAGCACUUUGAGAAAAAGAACAAAUGAUAACUCAUGCUUUUAGUAUAUUCGGGAAAAUGUUUAAAAAUGCCAUUCAGAAAAUAAAUCUUGCUGUACAACCCUGCAUUACUCAGUUGAUUAAAGAUUAUAUUAACCAG